CAGGGGAGAAUCAGCAUUUCACAUGAGAAUGGCACAAACCGGUCUGACGGCUGUAGGGUCAGCAGAGAUGUGAAUGAGCGAGGUGAACGUAUCUGUGUGUUACAGGUUUCAGGGUGUGUCAAACACACACGUUCACACUGAAACGCCCGUUCUGGUGAGGCGUGUACUGAACAAACACACACAUUCAUGCUAAACUGCCUGAAGGUUAGUGGCCUGAAGUUAAUAAACACACCCACCCAUAGAUGCAUGUACAUGCAUGUGUUCAUGCGUUUAUUCACACAUGCAGUUCCACGUCUAGAACUGGAAGCACAGAGAGAUUUGGCUGUUCAGUGUAGUGUAUGAGCAAUGGCAGCAUCUCAUCUUCUGGACGAACGAGAAGAUGACGGACCCAACGGUGGCUACCAUGUGAUGGUGACAAUAGAGGAUAGGCGACACCCCCAGACCACGCCCACUGGACGGCCACACCCCUCUUCGGUCAUGUCCAGUGGCGAUCAGGUUGACGACAAGCCAGACGACAGCAAGCCGACACGUUUUUCGAGGGGUUUCCGUAAAGCCUUGCGGAAAAACCAGGACUACAUCCGCAUCCCUGUCCCAAGAUCCAGCCGCUCCCGGUUGCCGUCAGAAUGGUGGAAGACGGGAAUCGCCUUCAUCUGGGCCGCAUUUAAUCUCGUCCUUACAACCGUCAUGAUCACCGUCGUCCACGAGAGAGUCCCGGAUAAGUCCGUCAGCCCGCCGUUACCGGACAAGUUCUUUGAUUAUGUGCCGCGUGUGGAGUGGGCGUUUUCCGUCACCGAGGUGAACGGGAUGAUCCUGGUGGCUCUGUGGUUCAUCCAGUGGCUCUUCCUCAAGCACAGAGCCAUCGUGGGCCGAAGGUUUUUCUUCCUGCAGGGAAUGUUGUAUAUGUACCGUAUGGUGACCAUGUAUGUCACAACUCUUCCUGUUCCCAGCAUGCACAUGCACUGCGCCCCGAAGCUCUACAGUGAUUCUCACGGCAAGAUCAAGCGUGUUUUGCAGCUGGUGUCUGGAGGAGGUUUGUCCAUCACUGGCUCUCAUCUCAUGUGCGGAGACUUCCUGUACAGCGGUCACACGGUCAUGCUGACCCUCACCUUCCUCUUCAUCCAGGAAUACUCGCCCCGCUCCCUGCUAUGGCGUUGCUAUCAUGUGAUCUGCUGGUUUCUAAGCGCGGUGGGUGUGCUCUUUAUCCUGAUGGCGCAUGAGCAUUACAGCCUGGACGUAGUGGUGGCGUAUUUCAUCACCUCACGUCUCUUCUACUGGUACCACACCAUGGCCAACCAACAGGCCUUGAGAGGAUCGCCUCACAACCACCUGAACCGGAUUUGGUGGAGCCGCGUGUUUAACUUCCUGGAGAAGAACGUUAAGACGACGGUUCCCUGCACGUUCUCGUGGCCGCUGUCGCUUCCGUCCGUGUGCUUCAAGAACCCGUGCAAGAGCUACUCAAUAGUGCAGAGCGCACGAGACGAAUGACGCCACAAAACACUACGCCUGCAAAUCGAGAUCCUGUUUACUCGAGCGCAGCUUUUUACAUGCUUCGAAGAAAAUAUUUUUGUGCGGCUCCUGAUGAACGUAAAGACGUGCUGCCAUGGGUUCGUUCCUUAUAGUAUUUUCAAAAGACAUAAUUAAAAUGUUUAUUCUUAUUUCUCAGUGAAGGAUUAUAAAAUGUGUAUUGUUCAUAACUGCAUUGUUUUUAUUUUAAUUUAUUCGUUCUUUACCUUGUGAAGCAACUGUAUUUGUUUUAUGAAUGUCUGAAAAAUAAAUACUAUUUUGUUCAGUUUUACACAAAUGUGAUUUUAUGGUUAUGUGCAUAAUGUGACAUCUAAGCUGAUAUAAAAACAACAGGAAUGACUGAAUAAGUUGUUUUUGUAACUGACAGCGGGUGUGGCUGGGUUUCCAAAGUAAUGGUAGAGGUACGUAUAGUAAAUGUGAAUUUUAAAUAACAUAAUUAAGUAUUGUACUGUUUUAUCUAAUACCCAGAUAGCACAUGUACAUCUGCAAGAGGUCUGUUA